AUGGUCCGAGACUGCAGACAUGAUACAGGAGAUGGUCAGAGACUGCAGACAUGAUACAGGAGAUGGUUAGAGGAUGCAGACAUAAUACAAGAGAUGGUCAGAGGAUGCAGGCAUGAUACAAGAGAUGGUCAGAGACUGCAGACAUGAUACAGGAGAUGGUUAGAGACUGCAGACAUGAUACAGGAGAUGGUUAGAGGAUGCAGACAUAAUAUAAGAGAUGGUCAGAGAAUGCAGGCAUGCUACAAGAGAUGGUCAGAGACUGCAGACAUGAUACAAGAGAUGGUCAGAGAUUGCAGACAUGAUACCAGAGGUGGUCAGAGACUGCAG